AAUGUGCGGAAUUUAGAGCCUCUGCGGAAACAGAGCGGCUCAGGAUGUCGGACAUUCUGUGUCGGUGGCUGAACUCGGAGCUCCGGCUCUCGAAAGUCGUCGAGCCUCACUCUCUCUCCAAGGACUUCUCCAACGGUUACCUGCUGGGAGAAGUGCUGAGCAGGUACCAGCUGCAGGAGGACUUCCAGAGCUUCUCCACCAACAGCACGGGCAAUGCGAAGCUGAAUAACUUUACGAGGCUGGAACCCACCCUGCAGCUGCUCGGCGUUCCCUUUGACCUCAGCAUGGCUAAAGCAGUGAUGCAGGGCCAGCCGGGGGCAGCUACACGCCUGCUUUACCAGCUCUAUGUCCUCCUGCAGAAGAAGAAAAGAUCAGGACUGACGGGAACGGCUCUGGAGACCAUGCAGCCCGCAGCCACCGCCAGACUGCACCGUAUAGAGAACCACAUCUACACUCAGCGUUUGCGUGCGGUGGUGAAGCGCGAGGCAGACGAGAAGAUGCAGAAGAUAACUCAGCGCUUCGAUAAGAGAGGUCAGGACAUGUACGGACGCUCGGUGAUGGCUGAGCUGGAGCAGGAGGAGAAACGGCGCCACCUGCAGGAGGAGAGGAGACUGCAGGAUAUCGAAAAGCAUCGGCAGGCCCGUAAGAAACAGCAGGAGAUUAUGGAGCGCAUCGAGACGGCUGCGGUCCGAAUCCCGAAGCCUCCCAUGAGCCGCUCCCUCAGAGCGCCACGGAACCAGCAGCGGCAGCAGGAGGCUCAGAAUGUACAUCAGCAGAUUGCUCAGUUUGAGAAGAGCAGGAAGAGACUGUCUCCUGCUUCCUAUGGACCCACAUCUUUCAGUGUGCAGGUGACCCGCGCUGUAAGUGAAGACGAAAUGGCUCAGUGGAACAAUGAAUACGUUCAGAAGAUCCGUCAGCGUCUGGAGGAGGACGCCACUGCCCGAGAGCAGAGAGAGAAACGCCGCAGACGAGCGCUAAUACAGCAGCUCCACACACACCACACACACGAGGAGAUGGUGCGGGAGGAGCAGCUGAUUGCUCGUUUGGUGCGUCAGUCACAGCAGGAGAAGCGAAUCGCAGUGCAGCUGAUGCAGAUCAGACAGCAGAAGGAGGUUCUGAGGCAGAACCGAAUCCUCCGACAGAGACAGUAUGAAGAACAGAGGCUCACAGCCUUCCACCAGGCUCUGGACCGAGAGACGGCUCUUCUCCAGCAGGAUCGUGUGGAGCAUCAGGAGGAGAUACGUAAGGAGCGAGAGCUUCAUGCCCGUCUGGCUGCUGAGCGCGCUCAGUCCAAACACCAAAAACACUUCAACAUCUGCAGGGAGAUUCUGGAGCAGAUCGUAGAUCUGGCAACCAAGAGUGGGGAGUACCGCCUGCUCACGGCCAAUGCUAUUCCUCUGAAGUUGAUUAGGGAGUGGAAGGAGAUGUAUUUCAGUGGUAAGCCGCUGUAUGAAGUGUCUGAGCUGGAGUUGGGGGUGGAGCCUGCUGAACCCAGCCCAGAGCAAGCCAUUGAGCUGGAAAAACUAAACAUCCUCAACCAGCAGGACUACGAUGAGUACACAAAUAUGACGGGUGAAUGGACGUGGCCUGAAGAAGAAGGAGAGAGCAGAGCUCCGCCCACCAAUAAUGAUAUUCUGGGCCAUGUUGUUGCUCGUCUGCAGAACAUUGUGAAUCCCCCUUGCCUGAAUGACCCUUCACCACAAUUCCCAAAUUUCUCUCUCAGAGCAUGUGUGCUCGGAAAAGUGUGCUCUGGCAAGACCACCUGCCUCACCAGGAUCAGCGAGGUACAUGGCAUCCACAUUCUGUCAGCUGACACGCUGAUCCAGGAGGCGCUGGCUGCCCACCAAGCUGGAGAACAGGUCCCGAGUGACCACAGCCCAGAGCUUGAGACGAGUGCGGAAAGCUGUGGAUCUGAUACUCAGGAAGCUGAGCAGAGAGAGGAGGAGUCAUCUACUGCUGCAGACUCAGGUCCUGUGUCCAAAGACCUGCCUAAAAAAGACAGCGAGACUAAACAGUCUUUGCGGGCGCAGCAUGGUGCAGCAGUGGAGAAGGCUCUGAGGAGGGGCGGAGCCAUUCCUGAUGAGCUGCUCAUUGACAUCUUCAUACAUGCAGUCAGGCAGGUUCCAGAGGGCCGUGGUUGGGUUCUGGAUGGGUUCCCAACCAACGUGUCUCAGGCCCGGCUGCUGGAGAAGGCCCUGAGCGGAGCCGACCCGGACCAGGCUGACAGGAAGAGGCGGAACAAGAAGCCUAACCUGGUGGAAGACAAGAAUGCCCCCAAAGCCCCGCCCCCUCCUUUACCUGCACUGCACCUGGCCAUGCUACUUGAGGUCUCAGACGAGCAGGUGCUGGACCGGGCUAUCCACCAGAGUCAGCAGGUGAGAGAGGAGAACGCUAAUAAGAGCAAUGACACUCUGCCAAAGACGCAGGACCAAACACUUCCUCCUGAACAUACACAACAGAGUGCUCCCCCUGCUGGAGACCACACACACAUCCAGCACAGGAUAGCUACGUUUCAGGACGCUUGGUCUAAACUGGAGAAGUGGUUUGGAGAGAAACAGAAGAUUCUGGUCAAAGUCUUGGCUGAGGUGGACAAGGACGCGCUCUUCAGGAGUGUGGAGACUGUCCUGUUUAACACCAUGACCGCUGCACAGAAAGGUGAUGAAGCUGCAGAAGGCAGUGUAAAGGUCACUGAUGACUCUGCGUCCCUGACCGUCCCUGAGCCUAUAGCGUCUGAGUCAGCCGCUAAAGAGGGCGCUGCAGGGCGUUCCAGACGGACCUCCAUCUCCACAGUGUCUGCUGGGGAGGCUCCUUCCCCGACCCCGGGCUCCACUGGCUGGGUUUAUGUGGACGAGCCGUUACCACAAGAGAUUGCGGAGUAUUUAGUGCCGUACUGGGACACCGUGUGCAGUUCGUACGUCUCUAACGUCAAAGCUGUGAUGCAGAACCUGCGCAGUGAACGCAACCUCAUCAUACACCACCUCUACAACAUCAGGGAGGACUUUAAGCAGUAUCUGCGGAGGCCUGAUCUAAAGCAGGAGUUCGUGUCCGUGUGGCAGCGAGACUUUAACAGCGUUCCUGAUGACAUGAGGCAGGACGAGGAGACCAAAGCUGAGCUUCACCACAGACUGGACGAGCUGCGGGAGCGUCUGUGGGAUAUCUGUGAUAAGAGAAGGGAGGAGGCGAUGGAGGAGAGAGCUGGAGUUAUAGGAGACGGCUGGCUGAAGGAUCACACUGCCCUGCUGAUCAACCACUACUCCACUCUAAUGCAGGUGGAGGUGGACAGGUUUCAGGACACUCUGCGUGUGCUGAGAGAUUAUUACACAGGUAUGUACAGGAGUGUGUUACCUGAAGCACCUCAGGACUUCACCUGCCUCCCACUGCUGGACAUCACCAACAACAACGGCAGCCAGCCGGACAGGACCAAAAGCCCUUCUGGCCCCGCCCCUUCAGAGAGACUCACAAAGAGUGCUGGGAAAAAAAACACAGAGCCAGAGGAGAAGAAAACCAAAGUAGUUCCUCUGAUUGGACGCAGGUCGCCCUCUACAGACCCCUCCAGGCUCCUGCAGGACAUCCAUCAAACUGCCCUCACUGCCAUCACCAACAUGGCGUCAGUGGAGGUUCAGCAGGUGGAGAUGGAGGUGAACCAGGAGGUUCAGCAGCAGCAGAUGGAGAGAGAGAAAGCACUCUCUCAGGCUUCAGCCACAAACUCCGCCAAGAAGAAAUCAGCCAAGAAGAAAGGCCCCCCGUCCCCGACCCAGGAGCCCACCCCUCCACCUCUGAUAGAGGAGAGCCCGGAGGAGGUGCAGGGGAGAGCGGUGAGGAGCAGAAUCAGACAGGAGUACAGCAGAGCACUGCAGCAUGAAGAGGGGGCGGCGAGGCAGCGUUUGGAGCUGGUGAAGCUUCACGCUUUGUCCUUCGUCCACAGCGUCCAGCACAGAGCAGAACAGACCCACACAGAGAUGCAGGAGUGGCUGGACCACCGCUUCACCUCCGAGAUGGACAGUAUACAGCAGCUGUCUGAGGUGGUUCAGCACCACAUCGAGAACAGUCGGAAGGUCCCUCACCAGCUGGUGCUGGACUGCACCGACUUCUUCAUAGACGGGGAGACGCGGGUGUUACCCACUCCGCCCACUCCGCCCCGCCCACCACCGCUGGAACAAACCAAUCACAGCACUCUCACCAUCCUGCAGCUGCACGGUCUGCACGCCCAGCUGCACAAGAUCGCCCCCACAGGUCUGGUGUCCAGUACCGAGCUCUGUAAGGUCCUGCAGGAGCUGACCUCACUCACUAUGGGCUCUGAUGCUCUACCUGAAGCCUGGAUGAACCUCACAGACUCACAGGUCCAGGAGCUGGUGUGUGUGCUGUCUCAGGACCGUGAGGUAGUGGACUGGCGUCAGUUUUUACUGAGUGCGGCUCAGCCGUGGCCUUUACCCUCUCAGAACCAACUGCUGAAAACACUCAGACGCUUCAGAGAGAGAGACACUGCGGCCAGCGGAGUCCUUACACUGGAGCAAUACAAGCAGGUUGAGUUGUGGUUUUCCAGCCAGAGAGAUGUUCCUGUUCCUGAUGACCCCACUGAACCUCUGCCAUUCGACCGGCUGGCCAACCUCAAGGAGUUUUUCUUUGCGCUGUUUGCGGACUCUGGUUCAUCCCCGGCUGUUCUGGACUAUCUGACCAUGCUGCUGUACUUCUGCUGCCAUCCUGAUCCAGCGCAGGGCUUCACCAGAGCACUCAGCAUAGUGACCCAGCACAAACAUCAGUACAGACACACCAGCCCCCUGCUGCAGUCACUGCCCUACAUGGACGGUGCUGAGGAGUGUGAAGCUGAGGAAGAGGACGAGUCUGUGCGUAAAGAUGAUGGUGUGUUGGUGGAUGAGCUUCUUAGAGUUCUGAGCCACGGAGGAACACGAGUGACAUCACACCACCGCAUAGAGUCUAACAGCAGAGAGGAGUUACAGCAGGAUCUGGUGAAGGUCUUUAAGGAGUUGGGCUUUGAUGCGGAGGAGAAGAUUCCAUUCUCAAUGCUAUCCCAGCAUCCGUUCCUGCAAGACCUGAUGGAAGGCUCUUCACAGUAUCUGCUAACAGAUAUUCACAGACUUCUACACAUCCCGAAGAGUGAUGGAGAACCUUCAAGCUUCACCACAUCAUAGACUCGCAUUCACGUGAACACAGAGAGCUUCAGGAUAAAGAAAGGACUUCCAAAUCCAUUAGUCACAAA